CAUUUGUAAAGGUUAGUUUUAGCUAAUAAGUGCAUUUCUACGUCAUCAAGGCCGCCCGUCCCGCGAUCACUAUAAGUAGUCCCGCAUCAAAGAGAGGAGUUAGAAAGAAACAACAAAGCAAAAAGUUGGAGUUAAUACCUAUUAUAUACAUACAUAAUAAGUACAUUACAUAUCUACACAUAUCGCCUGAUACUUUCGAUUAUCAUUUUUUUCCUCUUAACUAUGUAUGUAACAACUUGAACAUCAUUUGUCUGCCUACGUAUCACAUUCGAAAAUUAACUAUCUUUAUACUUACAUAUUGAUCCACACGACUUUACUGCUUCAAGUUAUUACCUAUAACUGUACGCAGCUACCUACUCUGUGCGUAGUAUAGUCUAGAGUCCUUGAGAGUGUCCAAAAUGAGCGCCGUUUCUGCUGUAUUCAUCGUCCUCAUUACCAUCCUGUUUCCUCCUAUUGGCGUCUGGGCAGUUGCCGGUUGUGGCGCGGAUCUACUUAUAAACAUCUGCCUCACCGUCUUAGGCUACAUUCCAGGUCACAUACACGCCUUCUACAUCGAAUAUGUCUACUAUGACCGUCGAGAGCAGGCUAGGGAGGGCCGCUACGCUGCCCGUCGAGCCCCGGGAGUGUAUAGCGACCGUGUUCAGGCGGGAGGCCGCGGACACAACACUAUACAGUAGUUCAACCCACCCAUUGAGCAGCGUACGGAGAGCAAAAGACGCGUGCUAAGUUAACGAGAUGUGGUGGGAUGCUACAAUCAUUAAGAAGCUUAGAAAUCACCAUGCCAUGCAUCUUGCCUAUGCGCAGUUACAAAAAGGAAGUGACAUUGCCCAUAGUAAACUAAUAAAGAUAUUAUGUUGCCUUCAGAAGAUGGCUUUACACCAAUGAUAUUAUAUCAUGAUAUAUGUAUGUACUGCCAGUAGAGUAGGUACACAGUACGUAGUACAUACCAUAGUAUAUACACA